GAUGAAUGUGUAAGAUAGGGACGCUUCCUUUCUCUCCACUGUGAGCUUCACUCUGACAGCAGCCCGGGCUCUCUCCUGCCAUCUCUAUCUCCACUCCCUGACGAUCUCAUCACUAAGGAUUCUCUCUCACUUUUCUUUUUUUUUGUGACUACCCUUCCCAACUCAUCCUCCAUCUCUCCCUCCCCCUUGCUCUUUCACUCAGUCUCUCUUCCCUCCUCCUCCUCCACUCUCUUCCUCUCCCUGGCUACCAGCAUCAGCGGGGGAGAGUGCAGUUCAUAGUUUCCUUGUCUUUGUUGUGGAAUAAAAUACGUUUCUCUGUCUGUCUGGGAGGCAAAAAAAGAGAAGAAGAAAAAAGACUCGAGUGGGUUUCCACGAGCACGGAACUGGCUGCCCUAACAAAGACAUUUGAAACUAAGGACUACACGGAAAUCUACAGAGAAGUCAUACGCAAUUAAACUCCCAGACAGUGGCCUCAAUUCUUGGUGAAUAUAAAAACAAAGAUCUAUAGCACAUCAUUUGUAUUGAAGUCUGACAAUUCAUUUUGCAACCAUCAAAUUGACAGAAUGUUGGCACCUGCACAAACCGCCUUUAACAGCCUUGGCUCCUGAUCUACCCUGAGACUGCAACAACGGGAUGUUCCUAGGAGACACGUCUCAGGGUGGAGAAUUUUUAUACUGAAUUCCAAACCUGCAAGUCACGAUUGCAGGGCUGGAAAACAGUUCACCCAUAAAGGAGAACAAGGCUGUGAAAACACCACAUUGAAUCAUCUAAGUGGUGAGACACUCUUUGGCUGGUGAGCCGGUGAAACCAAGGCUUCCUAAGCAUGCAGGUGGCACGCUGUCAGAUGAUGAACAUCGCCAGGCCCGUUGUGGUACUUCUGUGCUUCCUAUUCCAUGCUGAUGCUGAAAUACCGCCAAGGUUUACGCGAAGUCCUGUUGAUCAGACUGGUAUUUCUGGGGGAGUAGCGUCGUUCAUUUGCCAAGCUACUGGAGACCCGAGACCCAAAAUUGUUUGGAAUAAAAAAGGAAAGAAAGUCAGCAAUCAAAGAUUUGAGGUAAUAGAGUUUGAUGAUGGAUCAGGAUCUGUUCUUAGAAUACAACCCCUGCGAACACCAAGAGAUGAGGCUAUUUAUGAAUGUGUUGCAUCCAACAGUGUUGGAGAAGUUAGUGUGACUACCCGGCUCGUAGUUUUACGGGAGGACCAAAUCCCACGUGGUUUUCCCACCAUUGAUAUGGGCCCUCAGUUGAAGGUGGUUGAGCGUACACGUACAGCCACCAUGUUAUGUGCAGCCAGUGGAAACCCUGACCCUGAAAUAACUUGGUUCAAAGACUACUUGCCUGUAGAUACCAGCAACAGCAAUGGACGGAUCAAACAGUUACGAUCAGAAUCUAUUGGUGGUACACCAAUAAGAGGUGCACUCCAAAUUGAGCAGAGUGAAGAGUCUGACCAGGGCAAAUAUGAGUGUGUUGCAACCAACAGUGCUGGGACACGAUAUUCUGCUCCUGCAAAUCUAUAUGUAAGAGUUCGGCGUGUUCCUCCAAGAUUCUCUAUACCACCCACGAAUCACGAGAUUAUGCCAGGGGGAAGUGUAAAUAUCACAUGCGUGGCUGUAGGAUCACCAAUGCCCUAUGUGAAAUGGAUGUUGGGAGCUGAAGAUCUGACUCCUGAGGAUGACAUGCCAAUUGGAAGAAACGUCCUGGAACUUACCGAUGUCAGACAAUCAGCCAAUUAUACGUGUGUCGCAAUGUCGACACUUGGCGUUAUAGAAGCAAUAGCGCAGAUUUCCGUAAAAGCCUUACCCAGACCUCCUGGAACACCUAUAGUCACCGAAACCACUGCUACUAGCAUUACAUUGACUUGGGAUUCAGGAAAUCCAGAGCCUGUUUCUUACUAUGUAAUCCAGCACAAGCCGAAGAACUCUGAGGAGCAAUAUAAAGAAAUUGAUAGCGUUGCUACAACUCGAUAUAGUGUUGCAGGUCUUAGCCCAUACUCAGAGUAUGAAUUUAGAGUUGUUGCCGUCAACAACAUUGGACGCGGUCCUCCAAGUGAGCCAAUACUGACAAGGACAUCUGAACAAGCACCGUCAAGUGCUCCCCGGAAUGUGCAUGCACGUAUGUUAAGUUCAAGCACAAUAUUAGUUCACUGGGAAGAACCUGAGGAACCCAAUGGACAGAUUCAAGGGUAUCGAGUGUAUUACACUAUGGACCCUACCCAACAUAUUAACAGCUGGACCAAGUACAAUGUGGCUGACAGUCAGAUCACCACUAUAGGGGAAUUGGUGUCUCAAAAAACCUAUUCUGUCAAGGUCCUUGCUUUUACGUCAGUUGGGGAUGGACCACUGUCUAAUGAAAUACAAGUCAUCACUCAAACAGGAGUUCCCAGUCAGCCGUUGAACUUCAAAGCUGAACCUGAGUCUGAAACAAGCAUACUUCUUUCCUGGACCCCUCCUCGGUCCGACACCAUAGAAAAGUAUGAACUCUACUAUAAGGAAGGAGACCAUUCAGAGGAGCAAGUUAUCACGAUAGACCCGAGCACGGCUUAUCGCUUACAAGGACUGAAGCCAAACAGCUUGUAUUAUUUCCGCUUGGCCGCACGUGCUCCCCUUGGGCUUGGAGCCUCUACGGCAGAAAUUUCCGCAAGAACCAUGCAGUCAAAGCCAUCAGCUCCACCACAAGACAUAAGAUGUAAAAGCCAAAGCUCUACCAGCAUCUUGGUAAGUUGGCUACCUCCUCCAGUGGAAAAACAGAAUGGCAUAAUCACGGCUUAUUCCAUCAAAUAUACAAUGCUCGAUGGAGAAGACAACAAGCCCCAUGAAAUCAAGGGCAUAUCUUCAGACAUUAAGCAGUACCUCUUGGAAAAUCUGGAAAAAUGGACUCUGUACCAUAUCUCUAUGAUCGCUUACACUGAGGUCGGACCUGGUCCAGAGAGUCUCCAGUUAUUGAUUCGGACAGAUGAAGAUGUUCCUAGUGGUCCUCCUCGCAAAGUCGAGGUAGAGGCUGUGAACUCCUCAUCUAUUAAAGUAUCCUGGCGCUCCCCCGUGUCGAACAAGCAGCAUGGCCAAAUACGAGGAUACCAGGUUCACUAUGUGAGGAUGGAAAAUGGAGAGCCCAAAGGCCAACCCAUGCUGAAGGACAUUAUGUUGGCCGAUGCACAGUGGCAAUAUGAUGAUACUACUGAACAUGAAAUGAUCAUCUCUGGACUGCAGCCCGAAACAGCAUACUCCAUCACUGUGACAGCUUAUACCACAAAAGGUGAUGGAGCUCGAAGCAAGCCUAAAGUUGUGUCUACAAGCGGUGCAGUUCCAGGUAAACCUCGACUUGUUAUCAGCCACACUCAAAUGAACACGGCUCUUAUUCAGUGGUAUUCUCCUGUUGAAACUUUUGGCCCUAUCACUGGCUAUCGUCUGAAGUUUGGUCGCAAAGACUUGGACAUGCUUAUAACUCGAGAGUUUUCAGAAAAGGAAGAGCACUUUACUGCCACUGAGAUUCACAGAGGAGCAUCAUAUAUCUUCAAAUUAUCAGCCAGAAACAAAGUGGGUUUUGGGGAAGAGGUUGUACAAGAAAUUUCUGUCCCAGAGGACAUACCAAGUGGAUUCCCUCAAAACCUUCAGUGCGACAGCACUUCUUCAACAUCUGUACAAAUAACUUGGCAACCCCCUGCUUUAGCAGAAAGGAAUGGAAUCAUCGCAAAAUAUAUUCUAAUGUACAGGGAUAUCAACCUUCCAUAUCAUCCAAUUGAAGUACCAAUUGUUCCUGCCGACACAACAGUGACCGUCACAGGGUUAAAACCUGAUACCAUAUAUGAUGUUAAAAUUCGUGCAUAUACAAGCAAAGGUCCAGGCCCCUUUAGUCCAAGUGUCCAAUUCAGGACACUGCCAAUAGAUCAAGCAGUGUUUGCAAAAAAUUUUCAUGUGAAAGCUGUGAUGAAAACAUCAGUGCUGCUGUCAUGGGAAAUUCCAGAAAAUUACAAUUCCGCAUUGCCCUUUAAAAUUUUAUAUGAUGAUGGCAAAAUGGCUGUUGAAGUAGAUGGUCGGGCAACACAGAAGCUGAUCACAAACCUAAAGCCUGAAACAUCAUACUCUUUCGUUCUUACUAACCGAGGGAACAGUGCAGGGGGGCUACAGCACAGAGUGACUGCAAAGACAGCCCCAGAUGUGCUGCAAACAAAACCUAUGUUUAUUGGGAAAACCAAUUCCGAUGGAAUGAUAACCGUUGAGCUACCUGAAGUCCCUGUGAAUGAAAAAAUAAGGGGCUACUACAUCGUGAUUGUUCCUUUGAAAAAAUCACGUGGGAAGUUCAUUAAAGAAUGGGAUAGCCCUGAUGAAAUGGAAUUGGAUGAGCUUCUGAAGGAAAUUUCUCGAAAGCGGAGAAGCCUCCUUUUCAAGAGAGAGGCUGAGUUGAAACCCUACAUCGCUGCUCACUUUGAUGUUCUACCAACGGAGUUCACCUUGGGAGAUCAGAAACACUAUGGCGGUUUCGAGAACAAGCCGCUCCAAAACGGACAAGAAUACGUUUUCUUUGUGCUUGCCGUAAUAGAGCAUUCUGAGUCGACAAUGUAUGCCACAAGCCCAUACUCGGACACAGUUGUUUCCAUGGAACUCGACCCCCAACCAAUGACGGAUGAGGAAGAAGGCUUGAUUUGGGUAGUUGGACCUGUUCUAGCUGUAGUGUUUAUCAUCUGUAUUGUCAUUGCAAUUCUCCUUUAUAAAAGCAGUAAACCAGACAGAAAGAGGACAGAAUCAGACUCGAGAAAGGGCAGCUUGCCAAACAAUAAAGAGAUCCCUUCUCAUCACCCUACUGACCCUGUAGAGCUUAGGCGUCUUAACUUUCAAACUCCAGGUUCAGGUGUCUCCGGUUACCCUGGUAACCUUCAUUCUCCAAGUAUGGCCAGUCACCCACCCAUUCCCAUUCUGGAGCUUGCUGAUCACAUUGAGAGACUGAAAGCUAAUGACAACUUAAAGUUUUCUCAAGAAUAUGAGUCUAUUGACCCAGGACAGCAGUUUACAUGGGAACAUUCCAACCUGGAAAUUAACAAACCAAAGAACAGAUAUGCAAACGUCAUUGCCUACGACCAUUCACGUGUUCUGCUGUCAGCCAUUGAAGGAAUACCAGGAAGUGACUAUAUCAAUUCCAACUAUAUUGAUGGCUACAGGAAACAGAAUGCUUACAUAGCAACACAAGGACCUCUUCCGGAAACCUUUGGGGACUUCUGGAGAAUGAUGUGGGAGCAGCGUAGCGCAACCGUAGUAAUGAUGACAAAGCUGGAAGAAAGGUCCAGGAUAAAAUGUGAUCAGUAUUGGCCAAGCAGGGGAACCGAGACAUAUGGCCUUAUCCAGGUGACACUGCUGGACACAGUUGAACUCGCAACUUACUGCGUACGGACGUUUGCACUUUAUAAGAAUGGAUCAAGUGAGAAGCGAGAAGUAAGACAGUUCCAAUUUACUGCAUGGCCGGAUCAUGGGGUCCCAGAACACCCCACACCUUUCUUAGCUUUCUUAAGACGAGUUAAAACAUGUAAUCCACCAGACGCUGGGCCAAUGGUUGUCCAUUGCAGUGCUGGAGUCGGCAGAACAGGUUGCUUCAUCGUAAUAGAUGCUAUGCUGGAGAGGAUAAGGCAUGAAAAGACUGUAGAUAUUUAUGGUCAUGUAACGUUAAUGAGAGCUCAGAGGAAUUACAUGGUUCAAACAGAGGACCAGUAUAUCUUUAUCCAUGAUGCACUGCUUGAAGCGGUGACAUGUGGCAAUACCGAAGUGCCAGCUAGAAACCUGUAUGCAUAUAUUCAGAAGCUGACACAAAUAGAACCUGGAGAGAAUGUAACGGGAAUGGAGUUAGAGUUUAAGCGUCUUGCUAGUUCAAAAGCUCACACUUCAAGAUUUAUCAGUGCCAAUCUUCCAUGUAAUAAAUUCAAAAACCGCCUUGUUAAUAUUAUGCCAUAUGAAUCGACAAGAGUAUGUCUACAGCCAAUCCGUGGCGUGGAAGGGUCCGAUUAUAUCAACGCAAGUUUUAUUGAUGGAUACAGGCAACAAAAGGCUUAUAUAGCUACACAGGGACCCUUGGCAGAGACAACAGAAGACUUCUGGAGAAUGCUAUGGGAGCACAACUCCACAAUUGUCGUUAUGCUAACAAAACUUCGGGAAAUGGGCAGAGUAAGGGAAAAGUGUCAUCAAUACUGGCCAGCCGAACGUUCUGCACGGUACCAGUACUUUGUUGUGGACCCAAUGGCAGAAUACAAUAUGCCACAGUAUAUUUUACGGGAAUUUAAAGUCACAGACGCAAGGGAUGGCCAGUCACGGACUGUUAGACAGUUUCAGUUUACGGAUUGGCCAGAGCAAGGAGUGCCAAAGUCUGGAGAAGGCUUUAUUGACUUCAUAGGACAAGUACAUAAAACAAAAGAACAAUUCGGUCAAGAUGGACCAAUCUCCGUUCAUUGCAGUGCUGGUGUUGGACGAACUGGAGUCUUCAUAACCCUGAGCAUUGUACUAGAGAGAAUGAGAUAUGAAGGUGUUGUAGAUAUCUUCCAGACAGUCAAGAUGUUAAGAACACAACGACCUGCUGUGGUACAGACAGAGGAUCAGUAUCAGUUCUGCUACCGAGCAGGGCUUGAGUAUUUGGGCAGUUUUGAUCACUAUGCAACGUAAAAGCUCUGUCCCAUCCUGGAAUCUUCCUGCAGGCCCUUCAAGAUCCCAAGAGCCUCUUCUGAGCCAUACAGUGUGCUUAAGAAGUACUUCUUAACUCCUAGCUAAAUACCAAUUACAGUAAUUGGAAUACUACACAAAAAAAAACAACAAUAAAAUAAAAACAAAUAAACUUUUGUUUUCUGGGUGGACCAAUAAUUCACAGUUUAGUAUCUUAACCUGAAGAAAUUAUACCAAUCGUGACUGGGGAGACAUUGUAAGGAUCCACUUCAGCAACAUGUCUCAAGGAUUUUGCAAAAGGAGGAAACGGCAAAGAACCACAGAACUUGGGAUUGCAUGAUAGUUCAAAGACGAAUCUUAGGAAUUCAGCGGCUCAGUGCAAGAUGUUUAAUCAGCCGAUUUCUGGCGUUUAGACAAAUGGAACAUUUGCUUUGACAUCAACCCUCGUCUCCAUUAAUAAUAUCCAUGAAAUGACAUUAGUGAAAACAAAUGAGCGGGAAGAGUUAAAACAAAAUCAUUUAUUUAGUUUUUUAGUAUUGUAAAAAUACUGCUGACCUGUGCUUCAUUAUUAAAUGUGUAAAAUUUCUUUUUCCUUUUUUUUAAACAAAAUUUAUAUCGAAGGGAAUAAAAAAUUGCAUAACUGGUAAA